AUGAACAGCCGUCAAACUCCAGAUCAAGUGCCAUCGCAUCAAACCAAACACGUCGAAACUGAUUCGAGCGACUCUUCCUCCGAGCCAAGCUCAGAUGUGUCACUAGAUCUUGUGCUAAAGGGCGACAGGCUCCAAGAAUUGUGUGUACCUAUCCUCGAAGGCAAGACCGUGCCAGACGAUGUCAUUUUUGAAGACACAGAUUUCUACAAGAUUCCACGUCUCUGCUUCAUUUACGCUUUGCGCCACUGUAAAGGAUAUAUUGACGAUGCCGCUGUCGCCCGCCGUUGUCUAAGUAGCAAUGAUGACUCAGAAGACGCUGCAUUCCUCCGAACAUACUAUGCUCACUGCAUUAUGAACAAUAAUAUUCCUGAUAUCGAUACCAGCAAGCCAAAAACUCUACCAUAUUGCAUCUGGUAUCCGGACCUAGCCAAGGAAUCUACCUACCGUGAGGUUGCCGAGCGGUACCCGCAGCUCAAGUACCAUGUUGCCAGGGCCUGCGCUAUUGCUGGCUAUACAUCCCUCUAUCGUGAGCUCGAUAUUCUGCCAGAAAUUGCUGUUGCAGAAGAGGCUCGUGAAUCGCCUGCUGGGGCAGAAAUCUGGCAGCUACUCAAGGAUAAACCAGACACGGCAACUCUAAACGAGUUCCAAUGGAGGAUUGGGCACGAUGCCAUCCGUUCUUACCAUUAUAUGUCAUUUGACGUCACCGAGGAUGGCACCAUUGGGCCAGAGCGGGUUCCCAAGAACAGCGAAACAGAAUAUGGAGAGGAUGAACAAUCACUUCUCUACGAGCCGUUGUUAGGGGACUUGCACUGGACACCAAAUAAGGAUUUACUCCUUUUAAUGGCAGCCUAUCACGGAAACGUAGACCGGUACGUACGGCUACGUCGACCAAAAAUGAUCGAGAGCGAAUAUGAGUGCUGUCUCCAUGGCAUCUACCACAGCACACCAUUUGCGCGCUGGUGGUAUAGCCAGUAUGACGAUAUCGAUUCAAACUUUACAGAAGCAUGGCUUGCACGAUUUACCAUGAUUAACGAUAUUAGCUGGGUGAAGCCAAACAGCGAAAAUCCUGUCUUGCCCUAUAUGAUGUGGUGGCCCAUGUAA